AUGAGCACAAAUCUUGUUCCUCCACAAGUUAUUGUCGAUACUCCACGACCAAAAGAUCAGAAUGGUAAGUGAAAGAUCGAGAGAUCAAUUUUUAAAUUCCAAAUUUUUCAGGCGAAUUCGAAAAUGGUGCGGCGGGGCUCAUCUCAGUUUCGCUGAGCAAUUUCGUCAACUCUACCGCGAAAUCGCCGGGCUCAAAAUCCUCGGGAGGCGCGGGUAAAAAAUCACCCACUACCCGAUCUCCCCGAAUCAGCCCACGUGCAAGUCCAAGGCUGAUGAAGAAAAAGGUUUGA